AGUUAUUUUCCGCACAUUCACAUGCGAAAUGCCUCUCUCAUCUGCGUUGUGGCGGCCCUUUUGAUGGCCUCGUUUAGUGGUUGUUCGAAUAAUGGUGGUGGGACAACUACAACAGCCCAGCCUGCGAGCAGUACCCCUGCCCCUGGCAGCACUACAACGGGUCCAUCGACUGCCCCUGGAAGCUCUACAACGGGUCCGACGACUGCUCCAGGGCCGACCACAUCCACGACUACCGCCGCUCCUGGCAGCACUACAACGGGCGCGUUAUCGACCACCACAGGGUCGGCCACGACAAGUACCACAACCCCGACUCCCCAUGGGUAUUCUUGCCCGUCAACCAAUUGCUCAUCGAAUGGCGACUACUGCAAGAACGUUGCUAAAGGCAAAGGGGCCUGCCACCUACAUAUUCAACAACCUUGCUAUUGUGAUAUCACGGCCGGACCAGAUCCUGGAAAGCGAGAUUGUAGAUCUCCUGACUGUGAUAGGUUCGGGGACUACUGCCAGAACUUCGAAUAUGGUCGAGGUCAUUGCCAUCGGAAUGCUACUAAGGACUGCACUUGCCCGCCAAUCACGAGCACGACCACUUCAAGCACUACCGGUCCUACGAGCCCGUCUCCUACCACUCCAGCUUCUACAAGCCCAUCUCCUACCACUCCAUCUUCUACAAGUCCAUCUCCUACCAGUCCCUCUCCUUCCAGUUAAACAUCUACCAGUCCGUGGCUUGGGUGUAUCAGGGCGAGGCUGUCAUGACCUGUGCAGUCACUGACACUACGACAAGUUCACCCGCCGCAAAUAUCCUGACUAUCGUUUAAUAGCCUUCAUCGACUAGGUAGUCGAGAGACGGGUCAGCUCUGUGGAAGUUUCUGAGAUAUUUGACCAUUCCGAUCCAGCUGGGGGCACAGCUGAAAAAUUGCCAUAUUAUUAAGCAGGGUAUAUUGUCUUCGUUGUCAAAAAUGUUAUCAUUCUUUCGGUCGAGCUCCUUAAGUCUUGGCUGUUUUAAAAACUCACCUUAUCUCCCCCGAGGGCUGAAGAUAGGUGAAAGUUUCACUCUUUUUUCACUAAGAGAACUACGAUUAGAAUCCAAUUGCGACGGGUUCGGCCAUGUCACCGUCGCCUG